GGCCUCUGGGACCCCGCGGAGCGGCGGGAGGGCCGAGGAAGCUGCGGGCCUGGGCUCGAGGUCGGACCCGCGGCCUCUAGGCCCGGGCCUCGGGCUGGAGAAGGAACCGGCACCCGCGGAAAAGCCCGAGGAGGGUGACCCAGGCUGCAAAAUGUCCGUUGUUCGUUCUGCUGUCCAUGCCAAAUGGAUCGUGGGGAAGGUGGUUGGGACAGCCAUGCAAAGAACUGCCAAAGUGCAAGUAAACAGACUUGUUCUGGAUCCCUACUUACUAAAGUACUUUAAUAAGCGUAAAACUUACUUUGCUCAUGAUGCCUCUGAGCAGUGCACAGUCGGAGACAUCGUGCUUCUCCGCGCUUUGCCAGUGCCAAGAACCAAGCACGUGAAACACGAAUUGGCUGAGAUCAUCUUCAAAGUUGGAAGAGUCAUCGACCCAAUUACCGGGAAACCCUGUGCAGGAACCGCGUACCUGGAAAGCCCAGUGAGUUCUGAGAGUGCCCCACUAAACCCCAGUGCAAAAGAACUCGAUGUUCCUUCAGCAUAGUAGCAUGAAGGCCCGAAGAAGUCUGCAAAGGGACGGACACACUAAACAUAUGGGCAGGAGAUGUUUCCGUAAACGUUUUCAAUUCCAGCCGGCCUUCUGAAGAUGAAGGAUCCCAAACGAAACAAUAUGCAAGGGACUUUUUGAAGAACAUGUCUUCCCAAUGGAGAGUAACUGUUUCAAAUUACCUUAUCAGAAUAACAAUGUAAAUAUCACUUUCUUGGAGUCUCUGAGGUUAUAGCAACAGGCGACAUUACCGAAUAAGCUGACUGGGGAAAUGGAAUUAUUUGGCCUACAGAAUUUUUUUAAAAAAAACGUAGGAACUUGGGGGGGAGGGCAAGUAGGGAACAUGUUUGUAAAUUAUGAUCCUUUUUUAAAUAGUAAAACAUAUUGGAAGUACUUCAA